CCGAGCAAAUCGCAUUCCAGUGCCACCAAGCCCGGAUGGUCGAAUGGCCGUCCUGGAGCGUCUGGGAAUCAUCCCACUGCCACCACUGACCGCAUGCCUAUCGUUGACUCCACAUAUCAGCGCUUCGACAGACGCAAGCUGUUCUGAAACCGUGCCUCGUCAAUCCCAUCUCUCCUUGCCCAUGUCACACAAACACACCCACUUGCCCACAUUCGCCUAACUCUGCUGGUCAUUGGCGGGACCGUACUCAGUUCCUUUUG